UCGUAGAUGUCAGCAGAUGCGGGGAGACGAUCGACAUUCGUGGCAAGCUGCGUGGAUCUCCUCAAGCAAUACGGAUUCGACGGACUAGACAUGGACUGGGAAUACCCGGCCAACCAAGGAGGCAGCCCGGCCGACAAGGGGAACUUCGUGCAGCUGCUGAGAGAUCUGAAGGCAGCUUUCGCGCCAAACGGAUUCCUGUUGACAGCCGCUGUUUCUGCCGGGAAGAACACCAUCGACACCGCCUAUGACGUCCCGGGCAUGUCUCAGACACUGGACUACAUUAGUGUGAUGGCAUAUGACAUGCAUGGAGCCUUUGACAGCUAUACUCACCACAAUGCUCCUCUCUUCGCCCUUCCACUCGAUCAAUCCCAUAAUAACCAAUACUUCAAUGAUGACUUCGCUGUACGCUACUGGUUGAGCUUGGGAGCCCCAAAAGAGAAAUUGGUGAUGGGAAUGCCGGUCUACGGACGAGGUUUCACAUUGGCUGACCCCAGCAAUAAUGGAUUCUAUGCUCCAACUGCUGGGGCUGGCACGGCGGGUCCUUAUACGAGAGAAGCAGGAAUCCUCGGCUUCAACGAGAUCUGUGAAAUUCAAAAACAGUAUGGAGAUUUCAAGAGGAUCUGGAACGAUGACAUCAAAGCUCCUUAUUGCACUUUUAACUCGAAUCAGUGGUUCGGAUACGACGACACAGAGAGCAUCACCCAGAAGGCGCAGCUGAUCGUGAACUUGGGCCUGGCAGGAGGGAUGGUCUGGUCGGUUGAGACGGAUGACUUCCAAGGGAAAUGCGGAUUGGGAAAUAAUCCCAUUCUGAACACCAUCAAGAAAGUCCUGAACGGGCAAUCCCCACCGAAUGAGGCCACCACCAAGGCGCCUGGAGGCAGGUGUUCCUCUGCGGGGUACUUCGCGGCGGGAUCUUGCAGUCCCAAAUUCUACUAUUGCCUUCCUAACAACGGUCAAUGGAUCAUCUAUGACCUGAGCUGCGCUGCCGGGACCAUUUAUUACCGAGGUUCUUGUGUCUGGUCAAAUGCUUCCCCUGAAUGCCAAGGAUAAUUUUUAACUGCCUUCGAAGGAAUAAAGAAUAGUGAAUUCAUGGACAUGAAAAUAAAA